UUGAUUCAGUGCUUUUGUCAUUACCAUAGUUUGAAUGUCGUUUAAGAUAAACAAAAGGCCUGGUUUCUAUGUGAUGUUAUCUGAACACCAGCAUUGGAGGAGUCACAUAAUGAAAAUAUAAGAUUAUUCUUGCUGAUGAUCAAUUGUACUUAUAAUGGCGACGAGUUUCAAGUAAAGUAUAAUCACCUCUCAACACAUUCCAUUAUCCAACCAGUGAUCCUUUAAUCCUGAAUAAUUAGUGUAAAACAAUAAUCAUCUUUCUUUUAUCACCUUUCUUCUUCUACUUCUUUUCGUAUCGAGUGUCAGACCUUUUCAUCGUCAAUACCUUCCACUCUCAGUUUCUUCCUCGUCUUUUACCCUUCAUAUUUGUCGCCUUAAUCAACAUUUUUACCCUCCAGUGGCAAGUAAAGACGGUAGAGUGAAAAAAGCAAAUCAGUGGCAAAACGAAUCAACAGUCAGAUUGUUCAACAUUCAUACCUGAUUAAAUAGUCACUCACAGCCUUUGGUUCUGCUUUUAUUAACUCAUUAUUUUCAUCAUCACCUACUUUAUCUUCAACUUGAUCACCGUUAAUUAACUUUCCUAUUUUAUUUAUUUUUCAACUUUUAAUCAUAACUUUGAACCUUUUGUUUUGUUUCUGCUUUAUGGCAAGUUAGCCUGACGCCAAACUUCAACUGACUUUACCUUUGAAAUCAAUCCGUUGCUGAGCAAAUCAAAUUGUUGUUUGUUUCUUAAAUAUUUUAUACUUUGUUUUUAAUUGUUUUUAAUUGACUGGACCAAAUUAUGCCCCUUCCCUGGAAAUGUUUCCGUUCAAAAGAUCCACAUCGACGAGCCAGUAAAGAGAUUGACAAAUUGAUUGGAACUUGGAUGAAAUGUUACAACAAAUCAAUCAAGCUACUUCUUCUAGGAGCUGGUGAAAGUGGCAAGACAACAAUCUUAAAACAAAUGAAGAUUCUUCACAUUGAAGGUUUUACCGAUGAAGAGAGGAAAGAGAAAGCUCAAUGGAUUAGAAGAAAUCUCUUAGAAGCCAUGAAGGAAAUGUCAGAAGCCAUGGAGCAAUUAAGCCCACCAAUUGAGCUGUCUAACAGUGAGAAUAAGGAAAGCUUUGAUUAUGUUAAAUCAAUGGAGUUACCUGAUGAUGAUUUUGACUACAAUCAACCAUUUUACAAUCAUAUAAAAGCUCUUUGGGCUGAUGAUGGAAUCCAGGAAUGUUUUAGACGAUCAAACGAGUAUUCUCUUAUUGACAGUGCUAAAUACUUUCUAGAUAAAAUUGAUAUUAUUUCAUCUCCUGAUUACAUUCCAGAUGAUCAAGAUAUUUUAAGAUGUCGCCGGAGAACCAGUGAUAUACAGAAGAUUGAGUUUGAGGUUAGAGUUCCUCUUAAAUAUGGCGGGGGAACCCAAUUGUUUUGGAUGUUUGAUGUUGGUGGACAAAGAGGUGAACGAAGGAAAUGGAUUCAAGUGUUCGAUGGAAUCACUGCCGUGUUAUUUAUUGUUGCCACAUCGGAGUUUGAUCAGAAACUACGUGAAGACCGACAAACUAAUCGCUUAAAGGAAGCCUUAACCCUUUUUGAAGAGGUUUGGAGUAGCCGUUUCCUCCGAGACUCUGGAUUUAUAGUGUUUCUUAAUAAGCAAGAUCUUCUUCGAGAAAAAAUCAACAAAGGAAUUAAAUUAGAAGACUAUUUUCCAGAAUUUGAAAGCUAUCGUGAAUCUAUUUCAACCGAUGAACCUGAUUAUGAUUACAGGCGGGCACGAGCUUUUAUUAAGGACAAAUUUGUGUCAAUUACCAAGAAAUCUCUGGAUGAAGGAGACAAGACAGCAAAUGAUUACAUUAGCUAUGAUGCCAGUGAGAAUCGUGGUCGUGAAUGUUUCUAUCACUUGACAACAGCAACGGAUACAGAUAAUAUAAGCAAAGUUUUCCAAGAUAUUCACACCAUGAUUAUCAUCUGGAAUCUUAAAAAAAUCUCAAUAACAUAAAAAUAUGAUAAUUUGUAUUAUUCACUCAGAUAAAUUGGUGAUUUACAUAUUUUUUUUCUCUUCUUGUAAAAUAAAUCAUUGAGAAUCCAUUAAUUUGACUCAAAAGGAUUCAGUAUAAAAUGAAUGUUUUGGGUUCUUUUUGUGCAUUUAAAGAGUUUUGAGUCUAAUGAGUUUUUUCAUUAUAAUGUAAUAAUAUAAUUAUAAUAUCAAUAAUAUAAUAAUAGUACAAUCUAA